UGAAGGUGAGGAGAACAGAUGGAGAUGUCAGGGAGCUUUUUGUGUUGCGACAACGCUGCUUUUAAAGGGUUUUGAAGGGGUAAAACUUCCCAGAAAUACUGAUCAGGACGGAAAACUGUUCAAGGAUCUCUCAGGGUGACAGAUGUUGAUGGAGCCCUCUGAACCCCAGGCAUGGACGCCGUGGACUACAGAGACGACCUGAGGGUUUCUGCAGACAGGAUGAGGUGGUGGAGGGAGGUGGAGAUGUGGGGAGGGAUGCAGAGAGAAGUGGAGGAGGAGGAGCUGGUGGAGGUGCUGCUCCGAGGCAAAGCACCCUGGGGCUUCACCCUGAGGGGCGGCACAGAGCACAGGGAGCCUCUGGUCAUCACUAAGGUAGAGGAGGGCAGCGCGGCGGCAGCAGUGUGUCUGCAGGCCGGAGAUGAAAUGGUGAGCGUGAAUGCCGUGUCCCUAGGCGGCUCCCGUCAGGAGGCCAUCUGUCUGGUGAAGAGCUCCCAUAAGACCCUGACUCUGGGGGUCCGAAGGAAAAGCCGCUUCAAAGGGAAGAAUGAUCCCGGCUCGCGCCCCCAGUCCUGGCACUCCUCCAAGCUGACAGACGUGGAGCCGCAGUCGGGCGGGCGAGAGGACAGCACAGCGCCAGUCUGGCAGCCGAACCAUGAAGCAAGGCCCAAAGAUUCAUCCACAGUGAACAGCAUGGAGCGUCCCUCUCACCCCCCUCCCCUGGCAGGACGUCUUUCCCCGACUAAAACCAGUGCCGAGUCGCUCUGUGGACCGGGAAGCAAGAAAGACUCUGGCUUCAGCUGUUUCUCCAGCAACCCCAGCCCUCCGUUCAACGACCCCGGCACAUGCGAGAGGAAGGGUACCAGCACGGAGAACAUUUUCUUUAAGGGCCCUCCGAGUGAGAGGCCUCCCCCCCGGUACCUACAGCCUACACUGGGGAAUGGAGGCUGGGAGGGGUCGCGGGGCGAGGAGCCGCCCGCCUCUCGGGUCUCCGUUGCAGGGAGACCCGGCAUGGGCCCUGUAUGGCAGGUACCAGAGAAGAAAAAGUCCCAGUCGCCUCCUCCACCUCCCCCUCCCCUGCGCAGUGACAGCUUUGCAGCCACGAAGGUGUUCCCUUACUCGGAAGCAAAAACCCACGGCAGGUCCUUUGAGAAACUGACAGAGAAUAACAACCACAAUGGCCUCAGAUCCCACCAGGAGAAAACCACUGAGGCCCGACGUAGCUUAAACCCCCUCCCCACCAAAGACUUCCUCCAUCCUGACACGGCAUCGGACCACAACCACAACCAGCUGCACCCCAACAAACUCUUCUCCCUGUCCAGUAAUGAUGUCAGACAGUCUCACUACACCCACACACCUGCCCACCAGAGGCAGUACAGCGACGAGAGCCCGCUCUACCUGCAGAAGAGGUCAGCCCCUCCCACUAAGAUCCAGAGUGUAGGGAGCUAUUACCGCAGCCUUCAAGAUCUGCCAACGAGAGCUUUCAGCCGCAAGCACGUCCGACACUCCACAGCAUCCGUGGCAAACCCGAACCUGGAGAACGGGUGGCGCCACAGAUACUACGGCCUGGCAGGCAAGCAUCCCGUUCAGGCUGCUGAGCUGCAGGCCCGGCAGGGGAAGGCAGAGGGCUGGAGGGGGGAGACAGAGAAACCCCACAGGGUGAACAGCUGUGAACCAGGCUUCCCAGGUUCAAACAUUAAAGCUAAGUACCCUCUACCUCAGGCCCAGCUGCCUUACGGUCAUUCCCAUCAGGGAGAGCUCUCUGCUACGAGCCGCAGCUUAGAGGACGCUGCAAAGAGAGGCGAGGUGCAUCCAACUGAUGCCAAAAGAUACUUCCCAACACAUCAAGGUAACGAUCAUAAGGGGAGUCUCUCAAGGCAUCAGGACCCGUGGGUGCCUCAGGAGGAUCACAGAAUAUCCCCCCUGAAAACUCCUCUUCUACACUCCCUGGCCCAGGAGAGCAGAAGUCUGACGGCGAGGCAACAGGCAGCCCAGCUGCAGGAAGCAGGGGACAGCAUGGCUGCUGGCGGUGGAAAGUGCAUCCGCCGUAGCGACCGCUACGCCACCGUCCUCCGGAAUGAGAUCCAGCAGAAGCGAGCCCAGCUGCAGAAGAGCCGCAGCGCUGCAACCCUGACAUGUGAAGCCGAGGACGAGCAAGCGGAGGAGUGGAGAUCCACGGAGACUUCUACGUCUUCUGGGGUCACAAACACCUACAAGGACCACCUGAAGGAGGCGCAGGCCAGGGUCCUGCAGGCGACCUCCUUCCAGAGGCGAGACCUCGAGCCUCUCGGACCAGAAGGGACUUUAGUUAAAACCUCAAACGGACGCAUUAGAGGACGCAAGCGCUUCCCUCUGGCCAAGAGGAUGCACUCCUUCUCAGAGCCUGACCAGAUAGACAAAUUGGGGGUGGAAGGAGAAGCUCAAACUGGGUCUUUUGGAGACAGGAGGAAGAUCUUUGAGGCCAAACCAGCAUUUUCCAGGCCUGUGCUGAAAUCCAAUCAGGGUUCAAUCCUGAACACGGACCUCGGUGAGAAACAGAGACCUGGAGAGUCGGAGGAUUCUCACACAUCCACAGACCUUGAAAACCUCAGCCCUGGACAUACGCAGGUCCUAUUGGAGCAGCAGAGGCUGGGGACCUUCGCCGAGUACCAGGCAACGUGGAGCAAACAGAAGAAGUCCUCGGAGGCCAAGACGCAGGGUCGGUAUCACUCAGCGGAGAACAUCCUGGAUACAGACGUAGAGGAGGCGCCUGUGUGUAUCCACGAGAGGUCCAGAUCUUCUCCCUCUGCAGACUUCUACACACAGAAUAUUCCAUCACCAUGGAUUGACCCUCCCUGUCAGCAGAGCAGUAGCAGAGGAAAAACGGAGCGAUACCAGCCCGACCGCAGCCCACAGUCGGCCGCGUCAGUCCCCAGAAUCGAGGGCCCGGUGCCCGGCCUCGCUGACCACAGGAACAAACCAGAUGCUGCCAACCCCUCCCACACCACCCUCUCCUCGGGCCCUUGCAGCCUCAUCCCGGCCGCCCAAUCUCCACCAACCAAGGGCCUGCUGCCUCCGCCCAGGCCCCAUUUAGGCGCAGAAACCACAUCCUCCUCCAAGGAAUUCCUCGCUCCAGACCCGCUGCAGCCUGUGUCCAGCUGCAGCUCUGACAGCCAGAACUCCUCCGCUGGAAGCAGGACGCCCAGAGGUGGAGAAAACGAGGUGGAGGAGGAGGAGGAGCAGCCUUCAUCUUCAUCCCUGCGAGCGCGGUCUCCCUCGCCUCACUUUGCACCGCUGAGAUUGACCGACCGACCGCCGGCCGUGUUGGUGCAAGAGGACACCGCGCUCAGGUCAGGGAAUGAUUUGAAGCUCCCCAUCGAGAUGGAUGUGAACAGUCCGGUGAAGAAAGUCCCGGUGAGGAUCGUCCACUCCGAGAGCGAAUCGGAGCGAGAGGGCCAGGCGUACCUGCCUCAGAGCAGCGACACUUGCAGCGUCCUCGAACCGGCACGCAUCCCCUCCAUAAAAACAGCGGAGCAUCCGGCUGUCUCUCUGUUCAGCGCCUACACCCGGCAGGAUCCAGCUCCAGUCCCGGAGUCAAGUUCAGCGGGGGGUCAGCGCUCUGUGGAGGAUGCCAAGAGAGAGGAGCUGGCCCGGGACAUCAUGGGGAAAGACAAGUCUCUUGCGGACAUCUUGGACCAGAGCGGCAGGAUGACCACCAUGGACCUGAUGGAGGGGCUUUUCCCCACGGAGGAGCAGAUCCUGGAGGGGGGGCAGCAGCGCAGGAGGGCCUACUCUGGAUCCAGACUGCCCACACCAUCCCCAAGAAGCAUGGAUAGGAGGGAGGAGGAGGAUGUGUCUGUCUCGGCAGCAGCCUCCCUGGUACCCAGCUCUUCGUACUACAACACAUCGGCUCCCAAAGCGGAGCUCCUCAUCAAGAUGAAGGACAUGCAGGAGCAGCUGGAGGAGCAGGACUCUGAGGACGAGCUGGACGUCGACCUCGCCAGCAAAAAGCAAGAGCUGAUUUCCAGCCUGGCGAGGAAGCUGGAGGUGCUGCGGGAGGCGCGGCGGAGCCUGCAGGAGGACGUGGAGGACAACGAGGCUCUGGGCCGGGAGGUGCAAGGCACCGUGCAGCGCCUCUGUCAGGCCAACCAGCUCGACAAGUUCUGCAUGUUCGUGGGAGACCUGGACAAGGUGGUGAGCCUGCUGCUGUCGCUGUCCGGGAGGCUGGCCCGGGUGGAGAACGCCCUGAACAGCCUGGAGGAGGAGGCGCCGCCGGAGGAGAAGCGAACACUAACAAGGAAGCGUAAGUUGCUGAUGCAGCAGCACGAGGAUGCCAAGGAACUGAAGGAGAACCUGGACCGCAGGGAGAGGGUGGUGUCCAGCAUCAUGGAGGCGCACCUGGACGCGGAGAACCUGGACGACUACCGGCACUUUGUGAAGAUGAAGUCAGCGCUCAUCAUCGAGCAGCGCAAACUCGAGGACAAGAUCCACCUGGGCGAGGAACAGCUCAAGUGUCUGCUGGAUAGCCUGCCGCUGGAGCAGAGGCCAAUGUUCUGAUGCUACUCACCUAGAAACAACUCCUGGUUCUGCAGAGGAAAUCAAGAUUGAAGCAUCCAUUCCUACAUCUGAGGGUGCUGCGUGUACAUCUGAGGGUGCUGCAGUACAUCUGAGGGUGCUGCAUGUACAUCUGAGGGUGCUGCAUGUACAUCUGAGGGUGCUGCAUGUACAUCUGAGGGUGCUGCAUGUACAUCUGAGGGUGCUGCAUGUACAUCUGAGGGUGCUGCAUGUACAUCUGAGGGUGCUGCAUGUACAUAUGAGGGUGCUGCGUGUACAUCUGAGGGUGCUGCAUGUACAUCUGAGGGUGCUGCAUGUACAUCUGAGGGUGCUGCAUUUACAUCUUUUCUCAAUAAGACUACAUUUCCUAUGUGGCCCCUUUUUUCCGAUCAAAUGUUUCAGUUAUUAAGGAGCCUCAGGAAUUUAUGUAGGUCAAUUAGAUACAUAAUUGAUUAACUUUUGAGGACCAAUUAUUGCACAAAGACCAGACUCCCUUCAUUUCCAAAUACAUUUAGUCUUGAUUUCCUCCUGUUUUUUAACUUUUACUUACUUUUUACAUCUAUUAGUAUCCCAAAGUCCAGGUAUUUAGGAUGUGUUUUUUAGCCUUUUAAUACAUGAAAAGCUAUGUAAGCUGAUAGCAAACAAACAAUAUUGGAGGUAUUUUAAACAAGUUGUGGCUUAAAUCUCCAGAAACCUUUAAUAAUAUAAUUAAUUAUAAUUAUUUUACGAAGCCCUUUAUGUAUUGGCACCUCGACACCUCCUAAAGAUAUAGAAAAUACACUUUAAACGUUUGUAUAUAAACCAAAUGAUGUUCUUAAAUUACAUGACUUGGGUUGUCUCUUUAUCUCACACUGUCUCUGUUUCUGAAUUGUUUUAUACAGUUGCGUUUGUUAUUAAUAACCAUCAUGUGUGUUUUAUUUUAGUAUUAUUUUCUAGUAAUUUAUUGUGUUGUUGGAAAACUUCUUUUGGAGAAUGGUGAAACGUUUCCCCGGUAAUUUAUUUCCACUGUUUUUUGUUUUCUAACAAAAUGAGACGGAGAGUUUGAUUCCCAAAUAUAUGAUCUUGCUUUUACAACCAACAGUAUCUCCCUUUGUUUAGUGUUUUAAGAGGGUUGAUGUCACUUUGAUUUAUGCUAGGAUAAGAGCUUUAAAGCUGGACGAUGUUGAGUGUCUGCAGCAGUACAGACAGUGUUUUCUACACACUGCUCAUAUGGGUGGUUGUGUUUCCGGCCUCACAACCACCGGACUUAUUUAUUGUACUUCUCAGAGUGAAGGCGCAGUUUCUCUAGAGGUUCAUUUAAAAAUUCAGCACUUUACUCUCUGCUUUGGGACUUUCUACAUAUUUAUUUGAAGAUGUGCCUACUGUAGCCUUCAGCCCUGUGGACCUCAUGGACUGAGAUGGGUGUGGAUAGCGGCUCAAAUGUGUGUGUGCUGUGCACCUUUCACCAACUUUCAGAGCAAUAAAACGAUAAAGCUGUGACA